AUGUGUGGGAAUCCAGCAAAACUUAAAGAGAUACGUCAGAAAAUUGAAUUUCGGCUUACAAGCUCAAAAGAUAGACAGGAAGCAAUAAUAAAAUAUGAUAAAAAUGAUUCAAGACUGAUUCGGAAAAGGUACAGACCAAUGAAAGUAUUCAAAGAGCAUUUAGCUGGAUUCGAAGAAGAAGAUUCGACCUUUGCGGACGAUUCUCAUUUAUACUAUAGAGUUCUUAUGUUUACUGAAGUAUUGCCUGCACUUUACAAUUUUCUGUUACUGGUCGGGAUGUCUUCUUUACCUCCUUGCCUGUCCAAAGCAAUUGUGCUUAAAGGUCAGUAUUAUAACAAUGCAGUGUCAGCAGAGGAAAUUUUUCAAGAUAUGUCUCCAAAUCUACAACAAGAAGUUUUGUCUAUUGAAAUGGUUGAAACGUUGCUAUAUUGCCCUAUAUUCAAAGAAUCCAGUCAUGAUUUUCUGCAAACUGUGGCAGCAAAAGUUAAAACUUUAGUUUUGCCUGGUAAUGAGAUUGUACAACAUGCCGGAGAUAUUGGAAGAGAUAUGUAUAUCUUGCAAAAAGUACAUACAAUCAUAACGUCAACCAACUGCAUCUUAUUACAUCUCGACUAUCAAACGUUGGUUCAGUGCUGGAGUAUAUUUCCGGAUAUUAGCCAGACCAUUACAACGGUUCUACAUGAUUCUGAUAUUUGCGAGCAAGCAACUAACUUUCAAGAUGCAAAGCCUCUUAUUGGUAGAGUUAAAGAGAAAACAAACAGAAUAGCGAUUCAUUCGUUACUUCUUUUUGCCAGUAUGUAUUACCCCACACGGAAUAUUUUUGAAGUUCUGACGAAACAAUACAAACAUCGACAUACUUACAACUGGUCGGACAUAUUCUUAUACGUUGAUGUUAUUAUAAUGGCUUAUGUCGCAUACUACGAUAAUCGUUCGUUGCUCGUCACUCAUCCACUACUUACAGUUACACGAUAUAUAAAACACGCAUUUAUAUUGGACUUAAUCAGCAUAUUUCCACUCGAACAAUUGGCUAAUAUAAUUCAUGAAUACGGUGAUACGGAUAUGUAUAGGCUGAAUCGCCUGCUCCUAGUAACAAGAAUAUCAGGAGCUUUUUCGUACUGGGAAAAUAACAUAAUGCAAAUUAGUCAAGCUGUUGUUUUAUUCAAAUUCUUACCGCUUGCUAUAACGCUGGUGGAUCAUUUAGAACGAGUCUUCAAUCCUUGCUGGCUGAGAGCUUCCAGAGCUGUAUGGAGACAGAGACAACAAAAUGGCUGCGGCUGUACUACAAUUACAUCAUCAGUCAAAGCCAACGUUUGGAUGACAACAAUGCUACAAAUAACAGGCUUUCUUUACUUUGCGUUUAUGUUUGGAUACGUAGCAUCCACACGUUCAGCUACUUCGCAUGCCUUACUAGAACACACCGAACAAACAAAAGAUUUAACUAACUUUCUAUAUCAGCAAGACGUGGAUUCUUUACUCAUUAUAAAAACUCUAAAAUACUUUGAAUACGUUUGGAAAAGAACAAAUGGCAGUAACCCGCAGGAACUAUGUCGUGGUUUGAAUUCAGCUUUGAUGGAAGACACUCUGGUUUUUAUGUACGAGAGAGCUUUGAGGGAAGUGCCGCUAUUCGGCAGAGUAGAAAGAUCAUUUAUCAGAGUCAUCACGCAACACCUCCAUGAAAUGUACUUUCUUAAAGGAGACACCGUUAUUCAAUGCAAAGAUAUUCAAACUGAUAUUUAUAUUAUUUACAGAGGAAAGCAAGCCGCUUCAAGUUCAGAAGUGUCCAUAUACGCCAGCAGAAGUUUGGAUUUGUUAGUUAUACCAAGUCAAACCUUUUUUAAUCUUGUCAAAUAUUAUCCUAAGAUACAAGAACCUCUUAAAAAAGCUUUCGAAGUAUCGAAAAAUUACAUUUUACCGAUUACGAUAGAUAUAAAUAGUGAUGAUGAAUCGACAGACGAUUCCGACGCUGAUUUUCAAUCGCAAGAUUCUGCCGUAGAUUCUAGAAGUGGUUCUAGUCGAUUUGAAAUACCUAUGGGACAGUUAUCAUUUCAUAGUUCGCACUCUAGUAUAAGUCAAUCCAAAUCUGUAGCAAGUGUUAUGAGUUAUCAAAGUUACAUGCACAUAUCGAAUUUACUUAGACCUGGAACAAUGUUAUUUCAAGGUUUUGGGUAUCUCUCAUGUCUUGUGAUUACGGCUAAUUAUGUUUUGAUACUAUACGAGCUCAUAACUCUGAAUGAUUGUCAAGUGAUAUUUUGGUUGCAGUCAUUUUUUGAUAUAUAUUCUUAUAUCAAGACUUACGCGUAUAUACAUCAGGGGUAUUUAAAUAAACAUGGAGAAUUGAUAUUAAGUCUCCCUAAAUGUAGAAUGAGAUACUUCAAGCACAAGCUGUGGGUUUGGACGGAUAUAAUUGCUAACUUUCCACUGGAAUUGUUCGGUUUUUGUUUCGCCCAACCGAUGAAAGCUAUGCAUUAUUUACGAGCCACUAAGAUUCUUCGAGUCAAAUACAUUUAUGACUUCUAUUGCAAGACAGCCGCUGAACUAACCAACAACCUCACAACUUUACAAGCGGUAACGACCACACUUUUGAUCGUUUUGUUCAUACACACAUUCACGUGUAUUUGGUUAACAACUUUAAUUGCUACAUCGCCAAUUAGUUUUAUUAGAACUCUUAAAAUGCAUCUGAUCGAGGAUGAUACACCGCAACAUCGUUGGGACUAUACGACAUCUUUAUAUUUAGUGGUGUCUGAGUUGACUGGGACCGGCGGCGACGAAAUUCAUAUCAUAGAAUUAUUCUCAAUAGCUAUAUUAGCGUUUUGCCAUAUUUGUGGUAAAAUGCUUGCAGCUGUCGUUGUCGCUACGUCUAUACAGAUCGCUUAUUCAACCAAAUAUGCUUUAAAUACCUACGAAACAAAAACGGAAGAACUCAUUGAUGUAUUAAGGAAUCAAGGCUUGUCAGAUUAUCAAUUUAAAAAGUUUUUGAAAUACGUCCAACAGCUUUGGGUGAACGAACGCGGUCGACAGUUGCCUGCCUUGUUGGCUAAAACCCCUUAUGUUUUGCGUUGUGAUCUUAUGACUGCGAUGUUCGGUCAUCAUCUGAGAAACUGUUACUUGUUUGCUGAAACAGGAGAGCCAUUUCUACGUCAACUUAGCGCUGCAUUAAAUUACACAAUUUUCUUUCCAGGAAAUUACAUAGUAGUGGCAGGUGAUAGUGAAGCACGAAUGUAUUGGGUAGCGUCGGGCACAGUGUCUGUUGUGACGGUACGCGAUGACUUAACAGAGACAACUUUCGAGUCCCUCGGCCCUGGAGAUAUGUUCGGCAUUCUACAGGGCUUGAAUCGAGGGAUAACCCAUAGUUUCUCCUAUAGAGCUGAGACUAAAGUGGGUAUUUUAACAUUAAGCUUAGAUUCGUGGAUUAAUAUUUUGCCGUUUUUCCCUGAUACGCAGAAAAUCAUUGCGGAUAGAUCUGUAGUUUUAUUUGCUAAAAUUUGA